AACAUGCGUUCAAGUUCUGUUUUUCUCCACAAAUUUAUAUGCAAACCACCGCCUUAACUCCCUCUUAAAAGAACCACCCAUCCUCCAUAUUUAGAAAUCCAAAAUUUAAAAUAAAAAAAAAAUCAAUUGUAAAAACAAAAUCCCAAAAUUUUUUUUCUUUCAAAUUCCAAUUCCAUUGGGAUUGGGAUCUCUUUUUCUUCAAUAUAUAUACAUAACAAACCCCCUUUUUUUCUCUAUCUCAAAAACAAAUUUGCUGCGUUUUCAAUCUGUCGUUGCUUUUCUUCAAUCUCCUUUGUUUUUCUUUUUUAUACAAAUAGAUACAAUCUGAUGGGAUUUGGGUCGAUUUUCAAUCGAAAAAAGAAGCAACAUUCCCAAAAUUCAACAGCUUCUCCAGCUGUUCCUCCCAAUGGAAUAUCGUUCCUUCAAUCUCCAAUGCAAACCCCGUCGAGAAAUUUCACCCAAACCCAACUACAAGAACUCGAAGAAGUCUUCAAAAAGUUCGACGUCAAUGGCGAUGGCAAGAUCUCAUCAUCUGAACUAGCUUCCAUCAUGGGUUCCCUUGGCCAACGGCCCUCGGACGAAGAACUCCAAAAUAUGAUCAAAGAAUUCGAUGCUGACGGUGACGGGUUCAUAAAUUUCAAAGAAUUCGUCGAGCUGAACACCAAAGGAGUCGAUUCCGACGAGGUUUUGGAGAAUCUGAAGGACGCUUUCUCCGUGUAUGAUAUAGACGGGAAUGGUUCGAUUUCGCCUGAGGAACUUCAUGAGGUUCUGAAAAGCCUUGGAGAUGAAUGUUCGAUUGCAGAAUGUAGGGAGAUGAUAAGCGGAGUGGACAAUGAUGGAAACGGGAUGAUUGAUUUUGAAGAGUUUAAGGUUAUGAUGAUGGCUGGGGCCAAGGUAUGAUUCCAUGGAAUCUCAGAGAGGUGUUAUCGUCAAGAUCGAAUGAUAUGAUUCAGUUUUUGGAGGGUAACUCUGUUUUAUUCUACUCUCUGGAUUUCUGGAUCUCUUGUUAGUUAGUCAGGAGCGGCCUUUUUUUUUUUUCCUUCAAAUUUCUUAUUGAUCAUAUCGAAAUUGUGCAUAUUUUUGGAUUAUUUUGGAUUUUACUUUCAAUGGAAUUUAAUGGUUAUUUUAGUAGUAAUAUAGAUUUGUUCCUUUUGCUUUUUUUUUUUUUUUUUUUUAAGUUUUUACAAUGAGGCCGUAAGUUUAGAGAUUAAAAAAGGGUAGGUUUUAUAGAAAUUUAGAGAUGAGUGAAUGAUUUGACUUAAAUUUUAUUUUUUUUUAAUCUUUGGAAUUUAUAUAGAAAAUUAUUUUCUUUUGGGUGUUUGGGUCUACUAUUAUUUGAUGAAUUGUCAAAGUUGUUAAUGAAAGCCAGAAUUGGAUGUGGUAGCGUCAAAUUGUGUGAAAUUUUUUUUAAU